ACUCCCCGCGCCAUCUGGUGCGAUUGAUCCCACCUAGGCAUUCAACCAUGAACAUAUCACGACUAGGGCGAUAUCAAGCCUGUGAUCGUUGCCGAACUCGACAUAUUCGAUGUGAUCGAAGAGCAGGAAGCCAGUCUUGUACCGCCUGUAACAAUGCAAACCUCCAAUGUACUCGUGAAAGAAAGACGAUAUUUUAUAUGACGCAACACCCUCCUGCCCGAAGACCAUGCAGCACCCGAAUGCAGCGCAGAGGUGAAGGGCAGUGAUGUUAUUGGAAUCUCCCAAGGCUCACCCUCGGGUCUUAGUAAUUCUUCCAGUUAUGCUGAAGUGCCAAUCAAUCCGUCAUGUUCGCCGGAGAGGUUAGAGACGAGCUUAUGUCUCGUGACGACUUGGACAAGCUGCCGUGGCCCCUGGAGUCUAAAUUUGAAGCGUCGCUACUAAAAUACUUUCUUACGACGCUUUCCCCUUGGUUCGACUACUGUGAUCCACAGCAACACUUUCGCACAUAUAUCGGCAACAAAGCGGCGACUGAUAUAACUCUACUAUAUGCUGUCCUGGCAGUAUCUGCCCGGCACCAGAGCUCAUCCUUGCACCGGCACAACCGAAUCGCCGAUGAAUACCAGAAACGGUGUCUCAGGAGUCUAAUAGCCGCGCUGGAUGACCCUGAAAGAACCCUGAAUGAUACAAUAUUGGCCUCGGCUGUGAUUCUCCGCUUUUUUGAGGAAAUGACAGAAACCCCCGAAGAGUCGUUCCGGACUCAUACGCUAUCCGCUCAACUUCUCCUUCGAAUUACAGAAGGGCAUGUCUAUCGCUCAAGUUUCACAGAUGCUGCUUUUCUGGUGGUGCUGCGAUCAGAAAUUUACGUAGCUAAUCUCAUCCGACGCCCGAUAGGGAACUUGGAAGACCACUGCAAUAUCGACACAUCUUUGGAUCCCACCUCUGAAAGGAUGUGGGCUCUUCGAGCAAUAGCCCAUGCUGCAAAGGCCACCAAUUUUGCUUAUGGGGACGUUACAGCGUCUGAAUACAACUGGCAGUCUCUAAUGCAGUAUAUUGACGACUGGGAACGUCUUUGCCCGCAAUCAUUCCAGCCGAUUUACUCCCAAAAUAGGAUCUCCCCUGCGAAUCCAUUCCCGCAUAUGUGCUAUGCAAUUGAUUACCAUGUUGCCGCACGUCAACAUAUUGAACUCGCGCGUGUUCUUCUGCUUGCCUCUAACGCUCAGAGCUGUCUUACACGGAUUCAGCAAGCAAGAAUGGGGCAAAGUAAUGAUGAGAGUAUACGAUCCAGCGUCCGGGUAAUCUGUGGAAUCUCUAUGUCCAAUCCCGAGUUUAUGAUCGCGCGGAUUGGCGCUGCGCUGGUCAUUGCAAUAUGUGGUGAAUUGUUUGAUGACCCGACUGAAACACAAAUCUUGAUUGAGUUGCUUUCAGAAGCAGAAUCUCACCUGGCAUGGCCAUGUCUAAAGGCAAAGGAGUAUUUAAGAGGGGUCUGGCGUGUCUAGAAUGACCCAUUUGUGUGGGAUUCAUUUGAAACAGCUGCGGCUUAUACAACAGCCAGGAACAUGCUGUCCCCCGAUGAGGUCAGCAAUUGUGCAGGAGCAUUAGCCUUGAAUUAGCGAAUCACUAAUAUUGUUCGGCCGAAUCCAACCGUGCCAGGUAGUAUUCUGCUCUCUAGGUUGGCUUAUUCAGAGUUUGCUCUACUUUGCUCUA